AUGAAAGAGAUUGGAGUGCAAACUCAAUCAGAAGAUAGCGCAGGACCUCGAGUUCUCUCUAAAAUUCCGAUUCCUGAGUUUGAAUUUCCUCAAAUCCUAUACUCUUCUCAUACUGUUCUGUGACUCCUAGCAGCUACUGGCAUACUUGGCUACCUCACUUUUGUGCGAGAUGAUUCAGAUUCGUCGUUAAACCAACGACAAGGUCUGCUCGGGCUUUUAUUAGUCUUUAUCUUUACCUGUGGCGUUCAACUCCCAGAUUCGGGCUUCUUAUUCCGUCCUCACCCAGCUUUCUGGAGGAUGCUUCAAGGCCUCGCCCUUUGCUAUUUCACGAUUUUAGUUUACUUUUUGUUGGGUAAACAUGAAUUUACCGCUAUGAGAUAAAUUACAGUAAUUUUUGCUAUAAAAAUGAUUGUAAAUUACAUUUUUAUAUUGUGGUUUUAUAUGAGAUUUUAAAGGUCAUUUUUAAUAUAAUUUACAUAAUUUUUUUCUUUUUGUUCCAAAACCUAGACGAUUCCAGACAAAUUUUGGCAUUUUUAGACCCUAAACUAGGCAAACCUUUACCAGAAAAAAAUUAUGCGGCAGACUGCAGAAUUUACACCCCAGAAAAUCCUGAGUCGAUGUUUUACAAUAUAAAAGACUGUCUUUUUGAUGUUUAUAUACCAACACACGCAAUUGGUUGGUUCUUUAAGAUGAUUAUUAUAAGAGAUAUGAAGCUUUGCUGGUUCUUAAGCGGAAAAAAUAAAUUGCAAAUUUGUUUUAUAAAAUUACUCGUUUAACAAUGGGAAAAAUUUACAGUCAUUUUAUAAAAAUUACUGCAAUUUUUGGCUUUUUAAAUAAUUCCUAUUCUUAAGCGUCUUAUUUGAAUUUUUAGAAAUUACAUUGAAAUUUCAGCUGCCGAAUUUUGCAGAGUGCUGGUGGGAUUCUUUAUUUUUCGACGUUAUUUUGUGCAAUGGCGGUGGAAUUUAUCUCGGAUAUCUUGUAUGCAGAUAUUUCCAAAUGAAAGAAUUUUAUUGGGGAAUUGGAGAAGAUAAGAGGAAUAAGACUGGAAGAUUUUCGGCGUUGUCGAGGUCUGCUUUACAGCUAACUCCUCACUCUUGGCUGACUUUUAAUUGGGAGAUGUUUGGGUCUUGCAAGAACUUUAUAACGACAAUAUGGUAUAUUGCUUUAUAUUGAAUUUUCUUAAAAAUUUCUUAAUAUAAUCUAAUAUACAAUUUUAAGGCAAAUUUUAUAUACAUUUUAUAUUAAAUUUUCAUCAAAAAAUAUAUUUAAAAUUAACAAUGAGCUAAUAGGCAAUUUUAAUGAUAAUUUUAUAUACAUUUUUAAUUGAAUUCUCUAUUAUAAAUUAUUUUUUUUAAAAAAAUAGAUAAUUUUAAGAAAAAUUGUAUAUAUCAUUUUUGUCAAUCUGGUCGACCUCAGCAAUUUUUACCUGAAAUUCAUCUUGUGGGUCCCAUCAUCUCAUUGGGUGCUUAUUAUUAGAGUCUUUUUUGUAGCGUUUUAUGCAAUAGUCUCCACAGCUGAGUACUUUGAAUAUGUUUCUUCAGGGUUCAAGACAAGACUUGGCGCAAAUUGUUGGCUGGCACAUAUGAUUGUGUUCACUGAGUGGAUGAUUAUCCUUAAGCAUUCUCAAGGAAUGUUCCUAGACCCGAUGCCUUAUUGGCUACAAAUUGUAUGGACAGGAAUCGGGUGCUUUGUGGUGUCAAGCGCUUUGUGCUUGUUUUAUUCAGAUAUCAGCAAGAAAAACUCUAAUAAAAUUAAAUCAGUUCAGUAG